UGGGCUAGGCUGUGCGGCUUGCGGGGGGAGAGUAACGUCGAGCCGGGUGAGCGGGCGCUGCAGUAGUCGCCGCAGCGGCGAUGGGAGCGGUGGGGACGAGGCGGCGGCGGCGGCGGCAGGAGGAGGAGCAGGGGCUGGCACGAGAGCAGCGGCCCGCGGCAGCCCGCAGCAACACCCGCAGCCGCCGCCGCCGCCUUUAGACGCGGACGGCCCCCGAGGGGACCGCGGGCCGUCUGAGCCGCGCUCGGGUCCCGCCGCAGUGGGCGGCGGGGGAUGGGCAGGCGGCGGCGGGCCCGCCUGCUGAGCGGUGACCCCUGCCGGCGCGGACCCUGAGCCGGACCCCAGUCCUCCGCCGGAGAUCCUGCGUCCGCCGCGGCCCAGAGUUAUAAAGCCAGUAAGAUCAAGUGCCUAUGGAAAGAAACUCACUGUUGGCUAAGAAGAGAAGUAGGAAAUAGGUUAAAUGGAAACCACCCUCGGGAGCUAGAUGCCUGUGUAGCUGUCUUACCUCGUCAGUGUUUUGCAAUGAGUGGGGGAGGAGAGCAGCCAGAUAUCCUCAGUGUUGGAAUCUUGGUCAAAGAAAGAUGGAAAGUGUUAAGAAAGAUUGGGGGUGGGGGCUUUGGAGAAAUUUACGAUGCCUUGGACAUGCUCACCAGGGAGAAUGUGGCACUGAAGGUGGAAUCAGCUCAGCAGCCAAAGCAGGUCCUGAAGAUGGAGGUUGCUGUGUUGAAGAAGCUGCAAGGGAAAGACCAUGUUUGUAGAUUUAUUGGCUGUGGGAGAAAUGAUCGUUUCAACUACGUGGUCAUGCAAUUGCAGGGUCGGAAUCUGGCAGAUCUUCGACGUAGCCAGUCCCGGGGCACAUUCACCAUUAGCACUACUCUUCGUCUUGGGAGACAGAUUCUGGAGUCUAUUGAGAGCAUACAUUCUGUGGGAUUUCUUCACAGAGACAUCAAACCGUCAAAUUUCGCCAUGGGACGCUUUCCUAGUACAUGUAGGAAAUGUUUCAUGCUUGAUUUUGGCUUGGCCCGACAAUUUACCAAUUCCUGUGGUGACGUCAGACCACCUCGUGCUGUGGCAGGCUUUCGAGGGACAGUUCGUUAUGCAUCAAUCAAUGCUCAUCGGAACAGGGAAAUGGGAAGACAUGAUGACCUUUGGUCUUUAUUUUACAUGUUGGUCGAGUUUGUGGUUGGUCAACUGCCUUGGAGGAAAAUAAAGGACAAGGAGCAAGUAGGCUCCAUUAAGGAAAGGUAUGACCACAGGCUCAUGUUAAAACACCUCCCUCCAGAAUUCAGCACCUUUCUUGACCAUAUUUCCUCUUUGGAUUAUUUUACAAAGCCAGACUACCAGCUUCUUACAUCCGUGUUUGACAAUAGCAUCGAGGCCUUUGGAGUAAUUGAGAGUGACCCUUUUGACUGGGAGAAGAGUGGAACUGAUGGCUCCCUAACGACCACCACCACUGCCACCCCUCAGCUGCAUACCCGCCUGACCCCCGCUGCUAUUGGAAUUGCAAAUGCCACCCCCAUCCCAGGAGACUUACUUCGAGAAAAUACAGAUGAAGUGUUUCCAGAUGAACAGCUUAGUGAUGGGGAGAAUGGCAUCCCUGUUGGUGUAUCACCAGAUAAAUUGCCUGGAUCUCUGGGGCACCCUCGCCCACAGGAAAAGGAUGUCUGGGAAGAGAUGGAUAUCAACAAGAACAAGAUAAAGCUUGGAAUUUGUAAAGCUGCUACUGAAGAAGAAAAUAGCCAUGGUCAAAUAAAUGGUAUUCUCAAUGCUCCAAGCCUUGGUUCACCUAUUCGUGUGCGAUCAGAGAUUACUCAGCCAGACAGGGAUGUUCCGCUAGUGAGGAAGCUACGUUCCAUUCACAGCUUUGAGCUGGAAAAGCGUCUGACACUGGAGCCAAAGCCAGACACUGACAAGUUCCUUGAGACCUGCAUGGAAAAAAUGCAGAAAGAUUCCAGUGCAGGAAAGGAAUCUGUUCUCCCUGCUCUGCCUCAUAAGCCUUGUGUUCCUGUUGUGCCCCGCACUGACCACAUCUGGCACUACGAUGAAGAAUACCUUCCUGAUGCCUCCAAGCCUGCCUCUGCCAACACCCCAGAGCAGGCAGAUGGUGGCGGCAGCAAUGGAUUUAUAGCUGUUAACUUAAGCUCUUGCAAACAAGAGGUUGAUUCCAAAGAAUGGGUGAUUGUGGACAAGGAGCAAGACCUUCAGGAUUUUAGGACAAAUGAGGCAUUAGGCCAUAAAACAACUGGAAGCCCUUCAGACGAGGAGCCGGAAGUGCUCCAGGUCCUUGAGGGGCCACCUCAAGAUGAAAAGCUCCAAGUAGGUCCUUGGCCCGACAACCACCACCUGAAGAAGGAAAGCUCAGGGGCGGUCUUAGCACUUUCUGCUGAGUGCCCUGCUACUGCUGCUUCAGAACUCUACACAGAUCGGCUAGACCUCCAGGCCGGAGCUGCAAGCCAGUUCAUCGCAGUGACUCCCACAAGUCCAAUGGAGGCACAAGCAGAAGGGCCCCUGACUGCGAUUACAAUUCCUAGACCUUCUGUGGCAUCAACACAGUCAACUUCAGGAAGUUUUCACUAUGGCCCACAACCAGAGAAAAAAGAUCUUCAGCCCUUGGAGCCCACUGUGGAACUUUACUCUCCAAGGGAAAACUUCUCGGGCUUGGUUGUAACAGAGGGUGAGCUUCCUAGUGGAGGAAGCAGAAUAGAUUUAGGACUUCAGAUAGAUCACAUUGGUCAUGACAUGUCACCCAAUAUGAGAGAUGGUGACACAUCUCAAGACUUGGGACUAAAAGACCUUCCUGACCAUAAUAGAUUAGUUGUGAAAGAAUUUGAAAAUCUCCCUGGGGAAACAGAAGAGAAAAGCAAUCUUCUGGGCUCAGAAAAUGAAGAUGAAAAGUUAAGCAAAGGACAGCAUUGUGUUGAAAUUUCUCUCCCAGGAGAUUUAGUAAGUGCAGAUAGGGAUCACUCAACUACCACAGAACCUCUUGAUGUGUCAAAGAUACAGAAUUUUAGUGUGGUGCCAAAUCAGGAAAAAAACCAUGAGAUAAUGAAGCUUUUGGCAGUUGGAACUUCAGAAAUUUCUCCACAAGUCAUUGACCCACAUCCUGAAGGGCAGAUAGGCCAGGUGGCAGCAAUGCAAAAAAAUAAGCUAUUUAAGGAUGAAGACAUUAAGUGUGAAGACUUGCCAGGGCAUCAGGGAGACCUCUCUACUUUUUUGCACCAAGAGGGUAAGAGAGAGAAAGUUAUCCCUAGAAAUGGAGAGCUGUAUCAUUGUAUCUCACAGAACGAGCAUGGUCCUCCCACCCGAAAGGACAUGUUUCGCUCAUCCUUUGUAACCAGGCACAGCCGCAUCCCUGUUUUAGCACAAGAAAUAGACUCAACUUUUGAACCAUCCUCUGCAGUCUCUGCAAAAGAAAAGCUUCUACAGAAGAAAGCCUAUCAGCCAGAGCUAGUCAAACUUCUGGCAGAAAGAAGGCAGUUACAGUCUUUCCUGGGGGACCUCCCAAGUGCCUCUGAUAUGCUGAGAGAGGAGAAACUAGCUGCUGUUCCCUUUCCUGAGGACGAAGUCUUCACUCCCUUUUCAAGACUGGCUGUAGAUUCCCACCUGAGUAGGUCAGCUGAAGACAGCUUUCUGUCACCCAUCAUCUCCCACUCUAGAAAGAGCAAGAUUCCAAGGCCGGUAUCCUGGGUCAGUGCAGAUCAGGUGAACAGCUCAGCUCCACCUCAGUUCUUACCUCGGCCACCGCCAGGAAAGCCACCCAUCAGGCCUGGGGUAGAAGCCAGGCUACGCAGAUAUAAAGUUCUAGGGAGUAGUAACUCUGACUCAGACCUUUUCUCUCGCCUGGCCCAAAUUCUUCAAAAUGGAGCUCAGAAAUCCCGGAGUACUACUCAAUGCAAGAGCCCAGGAUCUCCUCACAAUCCAAAAACACCACCCAAGAGUCCAGUUGUACCUCGAAGGAGUCCCAGUGCCUCUCCUCGAAGCUCAUCCUUGCCUCGAACAUCUAGUUCCUCACCAUCUAGGGCUGGACGGCCCCACCAUGAGCAGAGGAGUUCUUCCCCACAUCUGGGGAGAAGCAAGUCACCCCCCAGCCACUCAGGAUCAUCGUCCUCCAGGAGGUCCUGCCAACAGGAGCAUUGCAGACCCAGCAAGAACAGCCCCAAAGGAUCUGGCAGCCUCCACCACCAUUCAGCCAGCUCAAAAACUCCCCCAGGGAAGAGUAAGCCAGCCAGUAAGCUCAGCAGAUAGGAAGUGAGCGGGCUGUAUCUCUGGGAAAGGUGUGAGAUCUUCCUCCUAGACCUGAUGCAUGUGUGUCCCUGUACUGUCUGUUUCAAACAAUCAGUGUUGAUCUUCUCUUGCAAAAGAAAGUAACAUGAUCAGUCAUUUAUAAGAAGACAGAGUGUAACUACCUAGUGCAGGUAGGAGCAGGUCAGGAGUCGAUGCCUUUGCAUAGGAAGCUUCAGUCCAGCAAAGUCCAAGGGAAAGAAACUCACUAAAUGAGCUCGUUUACAGCUGCCUUUGAAACAGAAAGUUGAAGAUAGGAAAUAGAAGGGGAUUUUAAGUGAUUUUACCUAAUUUGUCAAUCCUCUCCUCAAAAAGUAUAUAGCAAAAGUAUUUGAUAUUUUUAUUUUAAACUUCCUAACCUUGGAGAGUCAUUGCGCAGACAUUCAAAUACAUAAGAAGUCUAUUGCCAGGAAACUAUUACCUGGAUAUAUUUGGCUUGUGUGUUUAUUUAGUGAACCACACCUUUCUUUCUUUCUUUCCUGGAUUUUACAUUUUUUUUAAGUUAAUGUUUCUUACCUCUUAUUUUAAUAAUACACCCUGAUGUGUGUUUCAGCAGCACACAUUAACACUUUAAAAUCCAUUUACCCUCACUUAGUCAAACCUUGCUGUUUUCCUUUGAGCAGCAGUUCUUGUAUAUUUUUAUCUAAAAAAGGAAGGAAAUGUCCAGCUAGAGCUAUUGGAUAGGUGUGCUUGAAGAGGGGCCGAAAGUGGAGCAACAUCGGUAAAGGUAGAUGUCCCUCGUGCCCGACUACAUUUCCUCCUCGCAGCAGGAGACUGGCGAGAGGAGGCAGCUUUCCUGCGCUCUUCCCAGAAAGCGCCAGCCUUCAACAUGGCACUAGGACAGAAGGACGCUUCGAAAUGUGGCUUAUGCUUUUAGAGAUUUAGAGGAAAUUAAGUAUGUUAUUGAGGCUUAUAAUCUUCAGAUUUUGUAUUUUAUACAUUUAGCCAAUAAGGAAUGAAUAUCUGGGAAAUAAAUUUAGGCUAAGUAGUUUUGUUUCAAUGUUUUUAUUACCUGGUUCUUGUGUUGCUAGCCUGAUUUCCACAUCUAUAAGAAGACAGAGUGUAACUACCUAGUGCAGGUAGGAGCAGGUCAGGAGUUGAUGCCUUUGCAUAGGAAGCUUCAGUCCAGUGGAAUCCAAGAAGAAACUCACUAAAUGAGCUCGUUUAUAGCUGCCUUUGAAACAUAAAAAUCUCAAUUUCUAAAGUUGUGAGGCUGAUCAUAUCUAUUCUAAUCUCACUCUUCUACUAGCGGAAAUCAGACAAGUUAAAAGACCAGACUUUUAAAGUGGGCUAUUUGACGCCCUGUAGGUGUUUUAGUAUGCUAAAAACCCUAUUGAGGUCAGGGAAAUUGAUCUGCCUGCUGUUGAAAUCUGCCUUCUAACUAACAUCUACUUUUUCUUUGACCUUGUAUUGCUGCCAAUCCUAAAACAGUUGAAUUUCAGGUGGGUGGGGGCAGUGGAGCAGCAAAUGUGUUUCUUCACUAAGUGAGCAUGUUUCAGUGCCACAUCCAAGCUGCCCUGACGCUGCAUUUACUCAUUCUCUGUUUUGAGUGUUUUCAAACUUGGGACACUAUACUGAGACAUAGGUCUCCCGUGAGAGAUGUAGCGUAGCGUGGAAUCUUUCUUUCUUUCCAGGUUUAAGCACUUCAGAACAGUGCAGUAGAUAAGGCAAACUUACUGUUUAUUACAACUGGAGACUGAUCCUUGUGUAUUAUAUUCUAUAACAGUUGCUGCAGUACUACUUGCAUGUCUUUCAUGGUAAAUUAUAUAAAUAUUUAUAAAUAUAGAGACAUAUGCUUAUAUAAAUUCAUUCUUUCUCAUUCUGCAUUUGUAAUUUCAAGAUCAUAGAUGAUAAAAUUCCUUUUCUAUCGUGUGCCUCGUGUACACGUGGGCAUUGCCUAUCUUCGUUUUCUGAAAAUAUGUUCUUGGCAUGUGACACCUAAGAGCCUCCUGCCUUCCAGGUGCAUAGUGCAUAGUUGGCAGUCUUUAACCAGCCAAGGUAGAAGAUACUUCAUUUUUAUUUAAGAAUUAUUUUAAUAGGGGAAAUUUUCACAGGAUAUGCUUGUAAUACAGGCUCAAAGAUUACCCAUGUUAGCCACGUAGUUCUCUCAUUAUGGGUAGAGUGGAUAGAUGGGCAUUAUAAUUCUGGGUCUAAUGUCAAUUGAUUUUUAAAACACUUCCUGAAAGUUGCCUCUCUCGUGGCACUCUUUUGAAGGGGAGCAGGGAUAGGGUGUAGGAUAAUUAAAUUAUCUUUUUUUUUCUCUUACAUUAGCUAAGUGAUGCUACAAGUAGCCAGCUUUAUUACUGACCUCACUAGUCAAAAAAUGUGCUAAUAGCAACCACUACGAAAGCUAACAGAGCCAAGCCUUUUCCUUUCUGAAUUUCUCUGCUGGCAGUCAAAACCCAAGGUGAUGGCAGCAUGACAUAAGAUGUUUUCUGUUUUGGUUUGUUUUCUCCAACCUUUCAGUGUGUUGCCUCCUUUUCUACAUGUCAUUAACAAAUUCAUCACAAUCCAGAGACAAACGGCCUUGUUAUAUGAGAAUGUUUUAUUUUCUAUGUAGGGAAAAGAGCCAACCAAAGAUGUUUCUGUCCUGAAAAAAAGGAAAUGGACUAAUUAUAUUUUAUGUAUCAGUAGUUACAUUUAUUAAGUGUUGUCCUUAUCAAAGGCACAGUGGCAUGUGCCUUUGAUCCUAGCACUCAGGAGGCAGAGGAAGGUGGAUCUCUGAGUUCAAAGCCAGCCUAGUCUACAGAGUGAGUUCCAGGAUAGCAAGGGCUACACAAAGAAACCCUGUCUUGAAAAACAAAACAACAAUAACAAAAAUGCAUAUGAAGCCAAUAUGUUAUAGGGUAGUAAUAUCUUAAGAUACAUAAUCUUGUGCAUAAAUAGCACUAGCUAAAGUAACUCUGAGUUUGCCUUCAUAUGUGUAUGUAUACACACACACACACCCUGAGUCAAAAAAUAAAAAUAAGAAAAUAGAAAAAAAAGAGGUUAAAAAGCAUACUCUGUGCUUUUAGAUAUUGCAUUUCUUUCAGGCUAGAAGUAGAAGUUAGUAGCCUUAAGCAACACUUUGGCUUAGCAGUAUGACCCAGAGAAUCAAGGUUAUUUGGUUUGGUUGGUUGGUUUGGUUUGGCUUUUUCAGUUCGAGGUUUUUAUGAUGGCAUAUUUCACAUCCAAAUAAAUAUAAACAGUGUGGCUAUUUUACUUAAGGUAAAGAACGUGACUAUAGCUAUAAUAAAAGUAUGGGACGGAAAUUUAUCUUUAGAGACAAGUAUAUCCUGGCUUCUGCCUGCACAGGUUACUGACUCACACCUGCCUUUACCUUCCUUUUUUAGUCCCUGUGAUUAUUUCAGUGGGGCAAAGAAUGGACAUAGCAACAGCUUAGUUCCUAAUUUUAGGUAAUAUUGCCCAAAUUAUACUACUGACCUGCAGGCUUUUUUAAUUGCUUGAAAUACUGAAAUCAUACCUAGUAAUUUUGCACAUAAAGGUAUCUAACUUUAAUGGAUAGUGGAGAGAGAAUUGGACCAUAUCCAAUUCAACAUUAAGAUUUAACUUUCAAUGACGCUGUCAGCAUCCAGGCACUUAUCUCCAGCCCUGGUACACAAGCCGACCUUGCAGACAGGAGCACAGCUACCUUUAGUUUAGUCGCAUGUUUUGCAAUGAAUGUCUCUGGUAAAAGUUGACUAAAAAGUUAAAUUAAGGCCUAAAAAAAAAAGCAAGAUGGUCAAAGACCAAUUGUCAUCAUUAUCCACUUUACGUUAUUUGCUCUAACAUACUAAACCACUUUAUGGUGAUUUGACAUCUAUCUGUUUCACCCCUGGCCACUGUGAGAAAUUGAGGGGCUUCAACAGGCACUGGAGACUUCCUCCCAGUCACAUAUUCCUAGGCUGUUUCUGUGAUUGUAUCCAUUGUACAGAGAAAAAGGUAUACAUUGCUGCAUGUCUUAUAAGCCUAGACCAGAUAGCUAGCUAGGUCAUAAUGAGAUUUUCUACACCCAAUAACCUUGACAAACCAGGUGCCUUUUCCUCAAGGGCAGAAAAAUUUACAUUUCUAAUCUAAUAUUAGGAACUGAUGAUAAGAGAAAUAGGAUCCACAAUUUAGUGGCUAAAGGAAAAAUGCAUCCUGAAAAUACUCUCUUAAAAUAUAUUUGUAGAUAAUCUAGAUUUAGCCUUGGAGAUUAAAGAUUUUCUUAUUUUAAAAGCUUGCUAGCUAGAUGUGGUGGCUUACGUUUCUAACCCUGUACUUGAGGGACUGAGGUGGGAAGACAGAAGAGAAUCUGAAAGCCAGCCUCUUAUUCACAGUGAUCUCAAGUCCACCUGGGCUGCAGUGUGAGACCCUGUCUCGAAACAAAACAAAACUACAUUAUUUUUUAAUUAUUUUUAAAGUUUUUGUACAUGUAUGUGUAUAUUGUAUGUUGGAUAUACCUCCCUCUCAUUCGUUGUAGCUGUUAAACAUGGCAUGUCUUAAAAAAUUACUUCUUCUGUCAUGUUGAUGCAAGGAUUAAGUUGUUUGCAUUGACUUUUUAAAAAUGUACCUAUUUUUGGCUUUGUGUUGGGAUAUUCUUUCUGGGGAGAGGUCAUUUGGCACCUCUGUCACUGAGGUAAUAGGAUAUUUGCAACCAACUGUACUAUUUAACUUUCUUGAAUUUGGUUCUAUAGACAAUAUAUUUGCAUAAUAACUAUUUAUGGUUUAAUCCAAAUGCAUUAUAGGAUUAUAGUAUGUAAUAACUAUGAUAGUCCUUAUAUGCCACCAGGCCUUAUUAUACCCAAGUUCAGAAGCCAUUGUGGUGCAUAUUUAGAUCUUAAAGUAUGGAAGGAAACUAGAGGGAGUUCCACAACUGACACAACGGGAGGUGUGUAAGCACACCCCAGUUCCUGUCCUCACCAAAACUUCACAGAACUCUGGUAUCCACUUUUAAAAUUGGUAAGUAAAGUGGAAACUCCUAUUAGAUAUUUGCCAUAUUUUGGUCAUUUCUCCAGAAAUUUGACACAAUCUGAAGCAUCUUGUUAUGCAACAUUGCUUUCCAGAACUGCAGGAAGUGAAGAAUUCCUAUAGUUCCUAAGUAACUCCCAAAUAUGGGACAAAGAACCCUUAUUCACUUAGAAGGGAAUAUGUAGGCUUUCAGUUAAGUUCUUCUCUUGUGAGAGGAUUUGGAUCAGAAAACAAGAUCAUCUCUUGGUUUCACACAAUCUCACUGAGUUCAGUGUUUGCUCCCAUACAAGCACUAAUAACCAUGAGGACUAAGGCAAGUUCAAGAUUAUGGGAUUAUUUUCCUAUGCUUUGCUCAAUCCUUGGUUUUAAGGAGCCCUGUAGCAAAAAUAGAGUAGAGUUCUUUUCAUUGCCCUUACAAUGCAGCAAGUGUCUGCCUUCUCUAACCGGAGGGGACAGCGUCUAGAUAAUGAUGCUCAUCUCUUGGAACCUUCAGCCAGAGCUUCUAGACCAACAACACUAUGAACGAGGCAGGUUUCUGAGACUAAUACAAUUACAGAGUUUGCUGAUGACGUAACUUUACACUAAUAAGUGGGAUAGUUAUCUCUCUAAAAUUGUUUUGCAUUGUAUAGAUGGUUGUUCACCUAAAGACAUUAGUAAACCAAGUUUUAUACAGACUAUUCUUCACAUAGGAUACUUUAAAAAAAAACAACUCUUAUGAAACAUUAUUUAAAUCCUCAAAAAUUCACUUGUACUGUGCCAGGUAUUUUUUUGCUCAAUUACAGCAGUAAACAAGGCUACAGAGUUUGGCUUUGUGAUUUAUUUUAGGGCGUUUUCUGAAAAGAAAGCUUUGAGGCUUUAUUCAAAACAGUUUUGUUGUUGUUGUUUGGUUUGGUUUUGGUUUUUCCAGACAAAGUUUCUCUGUGUAGCACUGGCCUGGAAUUCUCCCUGUAGACCAGGCUGGCCUUGAACUCAAGAGAUAUGCCUGCCUCUGCCUCCCUAGUACUGGGACUAAAGGUGUGUGCCACCAUGCCUGACUAAAACAGUUUUAUUAAACUAUUCAUCAAUUAGUAAAAUUAAUUCUCUAAAUACUUAAGAAAUUAAAGUAUGGGAAGAUAAAGGAAAUAUAUCUUCUUUAAAGACAAAGGAAAUGUAGUGCUGGCCCACUCAGGACUUUGAAAUUGGAUUGGAUUGCCUACACUGGUGGUAUAUGCCUAUAAUCUCAAUAUUUAGGGGUUAAUGCAGGAACAGGAGUUGAAGGUCAUGAUGGGCUACAUAAUAAGUUUGAAGCCAGUGUGGGCUCCAUGAGAUCCUGUCUCAAGGGAUGGAGUUGGCAAAAGAAAAAAACUUAGAUGAGAUUGGAUUGGAUGGGUUGAGUAGACAGAACAAAUCUCGUGAUCCAGGUUUGAGCCACUUUGCUGUCCCUGAUGUACAGUUCUCAUUCCCCUUUGACACUUUUCCUAAAAUAUCACCUAUUUCAUCAGACCAUUUAUAGAUUUCACGCUUUUCAGAAAAGGAGGCACAUCUCAUUUUGUAUUAGAUAUAAAUGUUGUAAGUUUAUAAGCUAUUAUUGACAAUUGUUAUCAGAUUUAGUCAAACCUGAAUUCCCUUCUUGAACAAGAGAAAUUAGUUAAUCUGUUUUACUGUCCUCCUUGUAAUGAAACGGAAAUUGCUCUUUCAAGUUCUUUUAAAUGUAUUACAUUGUAUCCCUUCCCCCUCCAAGCAUCUUCCUUUUAUGUGUUUUUGCUCAGGCAAGCAAGGGCAUAGAGUACUGAAAAACAUGGCGUGCUUUUGUAUAGGCCAUCUGUACAUAAAAGUGUAAUUAUUUAUUUAAUUUUCCCAUUUGUACCAUAUUAAAGCUUUGUACAGUGUUUUAAGUUCUGUUUUAAAAUUAUUUUGUAUUUUAUUUUUAUAAUCUAGUAAUAAAACAUUCAGUCCGCAUGCAAA